AUGUGGAGUAAGGAAAACAAAAGCAAAACAAUAGAUAAGCUUCAUCCACAGCAUUUUCAUUUUUGCGCAGAAGAACAAUGUAUGCUGUCAGAAAGGAACUGGAGGAAUCCUUGAGGAGCUACACCACAGACAUCCUCACUGACAUCCAGAUAGUCAGAAUCUUCUGUGAGACGUUCUCUAAAUGGAUGCUCUGUAGAAAGGAUGAGCUGGAAAUGAUGAGGGAGAUCAAAGACAAAGCAGACAAACUCAAGUUGCACCUCAGUGACUGUGUCAAGUCAGAGAAGAAAAGCAAAGCCUUCAAGAAAUAUGUGAGCAACAAGUUCACCGGGACAGACAAACAGUAUGCAGAGCUGGAGAAGGAGCUGGAGGAGGUGCUGAAGAAAACUCUUAAAGGUUUGGAGACACUUCAAAGCUUCCUGGACGCCAUAGAGAGGCUGGCGGUCAGCUCUGUGCACGUGUUCAUGGAGAACCAGGUGAUCCAGCUUCCUGAAGACAUCAGCUUUGAUUAUGUUCAGGUCGUCAUCAACAAUGCAAAACUCAUCUGUCCUCUCCUGCUGGAGUUUAAAAGAGAUGAUGGAGAUUUCUUCCUUCCUAAAAUGCAAAACGUUGAGUUGAUCGCUUAUCAUCUGGACAGAUACAUCCAGACCACAAAGAAGAUGUGUGAGGAGAUGGAUACAAGCUGUCUGAAUGAUGACUGCCUGAUGAUGACAGAAGUUGUGGUGAAGCUGGAUGUGAAUUUGUCUGAAGUUAACAUGCAGAAGAUCCUGGACCACAUUAACCAACUCAAGGACAUACGGAUGGAUCAGAACUUCCGGAUGGUCUUCUUGUUCCAGGAAGAAUCUUGUUUCCGCUUCAUGAAGGAGUUUAGUGAGCGUCAGCCCAGGAUGCUGGAGUUUCUUAAAGAGCUGGAGGAAAAUGCAGUUCAGCUGGACAGAAUGAACAAAGGUGCAAAGAUCUCCAGUGUUGCUGGCAGCUCGGUGGGGGCGGUUGGAGGUGUGCUUUCCAUCAUUGGUUUGGCGUUGGUACCUGUGACAGCUGGAGCAUCCUUAGUUGCCACUGUGACAGGGAUAGUAAUGGGCAUUGCAGGCAGAGUCAACGGUCUCGUCACCACGGCCACUGAAGUAGUGGUCACCCAGAAGCAUCAGAAGAAAGCCAGUAAAGUCUCUGAAAGUUUCAUAGAGAAUGUGACCAAACUACGGGAGUGUCUAGGGAUCCAAACAACUGGUGACAAAGGAGUGCUGCACAAAGCUGGGCCUGUUGGUGGAAAGAUUACAGCUUCUCUUUGUAAGCUGUUAAAAGAUGUUGGUCUUUUUUCCAGUGGAGGUAAAGGGGGUGCUCUGGAAGAGGCAGCUCUCCGUAAGAUUUCAAAAUUAGCUGAAGUCAUCCCCGACAUCGGUCGAGGUUCUAAAAAAAUUUCUCGUUCAAUGUCCAAUUUGACCAAAGCCAUCUCAAACCCGACCAACCCCCUUCUGCUCGGCAUGGACAUCUUCUUCACCUGUAAAGACAUCACCAGUCUGGCCAAAGGCAGCGAGACGGAGAAGUCACAAUUCAUCCAAGCCAGAGCUUCUCUGUGGAGCUCAGAGAUGAACUCCUGGAAGAAAAUCUAUGACUCUCUGAGUGACGGUCUGCAGACAUCAGAGAAGAAGAAAGCUCUUCUGCAGACGCCGUUCUACCUCAACAUAGAUUGGAAAGACAAGAGGUUCUACCUGACUAAUUUGAGGAACAAAUAAAAGAUCAACUGCCAAGGUAAAAUAAAAGUUAAAAAAAAUCUUAAUGACAGACUAUUUCAAGAAUGACAUUCAGAAAAUGGAACUUUUGAUUAAUUAGCUACUAGAAAUUUGACCGCAAAACCUAGAAUAGAAUAUCUUUAUUGUCAUUGUACAUUUACAACGAAAUUGAGUGCAAUCCUCUUCUGGUGCUGAAAUAAAUUAAACACAAAUCCAAACAAUCAGUAAACAAGUUAAAACAUUUGCUAAAAGACGCUCAAUUCCUAGCAGCUUUCAAAAAUGUGAUGGCUCUGGAAUAAAAACAGUUUUUUUAUCGAUUUGUCCUUGAUUUUAUUGGUCUGUAUCUUCUGCCCGAAAGCAGAAGUGUAAACAGAGAAUGUUCGGGGUGGGAUGGAUCCAGUAAAAUGUUUUCAGCUUUCCUGGGCAGCGGUAGCUGUACAGUUCUUCCAGAGAUGGGAGAGGGUGGCCUAUGAUCUUCUGGGCUGUAGAGAUGACCCUCUGGAGCGCUUUUCUGUCUGCUGCUGUGCAGCUGGAGAACCAGGUACAAACACAAUAUGUCAGAAUGCUCUCAAUGGAGCAGCAGUAGAAGGACACCAGCAGUUCCUCGUCAGGGUUGUUCUUCUUCAAAAGUCUGAGAAAGUACAAUGUCUGCUGGGCCUUCUUCACCAGAGCCGUGUUAGCGGUGUUAGCGCUCCAGGUCAGGUCCUGCUGGAUGGUGACGCCCAGGAACUUGAAGGCAUCCACCCUACAGGGGCUGAAUGACCAUUUUCUUCCGCCUGUAAUCCACCGCCAGCUCGCCAGGUAAAGAGCGUGUUAAGCCCGAGUUUCAGCACAGGUCUCGCAGUCUGCGCCAAAAGUCGAUCAGCUCUGUUGAAACAGAGGAGCCCGUUAGAUGACCUGUCCAGAAGCAUGUGAGUUAUGCAUCACACACAUUAUCAUUUUUGGUUGGUUUGCUUGCAAACCUUUACAUUUAAAGGUUUGCAGCUUAAGGGGAGGGGUGUUACGACCCCUGGUCUUAUAUGUGUGUGUGCUUUGUUUAUCUGUUUCACCAGCUCCUGCAGAAGUCCAGCUCCUCCACUGCUGCUGACUCCGCCCCCUCCUGCAGAGCUGAUUGAGGCACCCUCCCAACCAAUCCCUGAGCUGGGAGGGAAGCUUAAAAGAAGCCAGGAAGCUCUGCUCCAGUGGCGGCUGAA